UAGCGCAGCAGCAGCUCCUCCCUGUCGAGACAGACCGAGCAGCGGGGAGAACCGGGCUAAAAUGGCGCUGUCUCAAGGAACAAAGAAGAAAGUUUGCUAUUAUUAUGACGGGGACGUUGGUAACUACUACUAUGGCCAGGGCCAUCCAAUGAAGCCCCACAGGAUUCGCAUGACCCACAACCUCCUGCUCAACUACGGGCUGUACAGGAAGAUGGAGAUCUAUAGACCACACAAGGCCAACGGCGAGGAGAUGACCAAGUACCACAGCGACGACUACAUCAAGUUUCUCCGGUCUAUCCGGCCGGACAACAUGUCAGAGUACAGCAAACAGAUGCAGAGAUUCAACGUAGGGGAGGACUGUCCUGUGUUUGAUGGGCUCUUUGAGUUCUGCCAGCUCUCCACCGGGGGCUCUGUCGCUGGGGCGGUGAAGCUGAACAAGCAGCAGACCGACAUCGCCAUCAACUGGGCCGGAGGGCUCCACCACGCCAAGAAGUCUGAGGCCUCGGGGUUCUGCUACGUCAACGACAUCGUGCUGGCCAUCCUGGAGCUGCUCAAGUACCACCAGAGGGUGCUGUACAUCGACAUCGACAUCCACCACGGGGACGGUGUGGAGGAGGCCUUCUACACCACCGACCGCGUCAUGACCGUCUCCUUCCACAAGUAUGGGGAGUACUUCCCCGGUACAGGAGACCUGAGGGACAUUGGAGCCGGGAAGGGCAAGUACUACGCAGUCAACUACCCCCUGAGGGACGGCAUCGACGACGAGUCCUACGAAGCCAUCUUUAAACCCAUCAUGGCCAAAGUGAUGGAGAUGUACCAGCCCAGUGCUGUGGUCCUCCAGUGUGGCGCCGACUCACUCUCCGGUGACCGGCUGGGCUGCUUCAAUCUCACCAUCAAGGGCCAUGCCAAGUGUGUGGAGUACAUGAAGAGCUUCAACCUGCCCCUGCUGAUGCUGGGGGGAGGCGGCUACACCAUUAGGAACGUGGCCCGCUGCUGGACCUACGAGACGGCGGUGGCGCUGGACUGCUCCAUCCCCAACGAGCUGCCCUACAACGACUACUUUGAGUACUUCGGGCCGGACUUCAAGCUGCACAUCAGCCCGUCCAACAUGACCAACCAGAACACGGGCGAGUACCUGGAGAAGAUCAAGCAGCGGCUGUUCGAGAACCUGCGCAUGCUGCCCCACGCGCCCGGCGUGCAGAUGCAGGCCAUCCCAGAGGACGCCCCGCACCCCGACAGCGCUGAGGAGGACGACGAGGACCCCGACAAGAGGGUCUCCAUCCGCGCCCACGACAAGAGGAUCGCGUGUGAAGAGGAGUUCUCAGACUCGGAGGACGAGGCCGAGGGCCAGGGCGGGGGCCGCAGGAACGCAGCCAACCACAAGAAGCCCAAGCGUGUGAAGAAGGAGGAGGAGAAGGAGGGCGAGGAGAAGAAAGCAGAAGUGAAAGAGGAGGAGAAGGAAGAGGAGAAGAUGGACACAUCUGGACCAAAAGAAGAGGCGAAGACCACUUGACUCCCCAGGUCAAAGUGAGACGAUGCCUGGACCCCCCCCCCCACCACGAAUCCAAUCCUACUGCAAUGUGGAAAACCAAGGACUUAUUUUCUAAUCCACUUUUAACAUCUGUGCCACCUGAACUGCCUGGCUCAAAUCACUUUUUUAACCUCAUAGGAUUUCUAGAUGAGUGCAAACAGGACAGCAGGCCAGUGUUGCCAUUCGGACUUGAUUUGAAUAUUCAAAAAGUAUUACAAUUCACCUUGUGCUCAACAAAAAAGCGCAGGUGAUUUAGUCAGAAGGUAAAAAAAAAAAACACGUGUGAGAAAAGCGCUAUAAAUUGAAUCUAUUAAAAACACCCUGGUCAUAUAACGUACCCAAACUAAGUCCAACAUGUUGGAUUUAGUCUGAGGGUUUGGUUAUGAUUCAAAUAUUCUCUACACACACUAAAGGAUCCUUUUAAACACUUUCUGUACCCUUUGGGACUUUUGUAAAAAUCAGUAAGUUGCAUGUUUGGAGUAGGCAUUACUUUGGCAAGACUUCUCAUAAUUCCUAUCCAGUAACUUAUU